UCGGAGCACCAUGGAGUCCCGUUCGGGAACGAAUCGUUCCACCUCAUAGUAAAGUCAUACCACGGUACCAAUGCAGAACACAGCCCAAAUUGGUGCCAAGUAUGACGGGACGCUAUGAAAAAGGAACGGAUUGUGGUGACACUGGUGGUCGCCGUUCUGCUGCUGGGAGUACUUCGACCAAUCGAAGCAGCGAUGACGAUGAAGCAAAUCAAAGAAUCCAUGGAAACAAUGAGGAAGGCAUGUGCGCCCAAAUUCGAUCUAACAGAAACCACUCUUAACGAAUUUAAAGCAGGGAACUUUCGGCCCGAUGCAAACAAGGAAAUGAAAUGUUACGCCAAAUGCAUCGCUCAAAUGGCAGGCACGCUCACCAAAAAAGGAGAAAUCAGCUUCUCAAAAACGUCAGCACAAAUUGAAGCCCUGCUUCCGACGGAGCUUAAAGCACCUGCCAAAGAAGCGCUAAAGGCGUGCAAGGAAGUUCAUGCCGAUUACAAGGACAGCUGUGACAAGGUGUACUAUUCCGUCAAAUGCGCAGCUGAUUUCAAUCGUGAUGUGUUCCUUUUCCCAUAGUUUGACCAGCCCGGCACAACGAAUACAGGACUACGAAAACGGACGACUUCGCUUAUAGCAAAACCCCAUGAUAAAUGUGAUUGAAGCUCAAUGUUCAAUGGUCGAAUUUUUUUUUAAUAAGAACAUAACGCACUCUAGUGAUUUAGAAGUUUCAUGUUUAUGAUCUAAGAAAACUAUGAGUAUGUGAGAUUUUCAAUAAAUUAUCUCAUCGGCAAUAUCAGAUGCAAA